AUGUUUAUUACAUUAGCAUUAUCAAGUAUUUUUAUUUCAGCAUCUUAAAUUUUAUAAAGAAAUCCAAAAUAUAUUCAUACUCCUUACAAAUGGAAAAAUAAAAAACUUGAAGAAGCAAUAAUAGGAAAAAAAAUAUAGUUAAUUUCACACAGAGGAGGUUCUUAUGAAAAUUUCGAAAAUACAUAAAAAGCAUUCUAAGAUUAAAAAUCAAAAACGGAUAUAAUUGAGAUUGAUGUUCAUUUAACUAAAGAUAAAAAAAUAGUAAUUCUACAUGAUAAUUACCUUUAAAGAUUAUGUGGUAUUGAUGAAUUUGUUGAAAAUGUUAAUUUUGAUUAAAUUAAAUAUAAAAAAUAGAUUGAAACAAAUUUUUCUACAAAUAAUAUUUUGAAAGUAGGAUAUUAACCUUAACCUAUAAUAUAUAACGGUAAACAAAAUAAAAAUAAAUAUUUAAUAUAAACAAAGUAAUGGGGAAGUUUUGAUUAUAAAUUUGCAAAAAAAAUAAUGGAAAAAAAUAAGGAAAUACCUCGUUUUUUUUCAAGAUAAGAAUAUAUAAAAAUCUACUUUAGUUAUAUUUUUGGAAUCUUACCUUUUUUAAAUUUAAAAGCAUAAAUAUUUUAAGUUCCUUUUUAUACAUUAGAAUAUUAUGAGUGGAAAAAAAAGGAAGCCCAGAAUAGUAAUUUGAACACAUUAAUGGUUAAUAUUGUAUUCACAUAUUUAAAAUUCUUUAAUAGUAUUUAAAAAGGAAUUAAUUAGCAUUUAAAUAAAAGAGGUAUUUUAGUAUACUAUUGGGUACUUAAUGAUGAAAAAUAUUUUCAAUAAGCUCUAUAAACUAAACCAAAUGGAAUUAUAACUGAUUGUCCUACUAAAUUAAGAAAAUUUUUAAAUAAAUUAAACUGA